AUGUUCGCCUCCGAUUCCUUCCUGCCCUCGGCCUUUACCGACCACGACCCGAACAUGCCACCAUCCGCUGUCAUCUCGCCGCUGUCACUGUCGCGAAUGGCCACUUCGUCCUGCUACUUCGACAACAAGUCGACAUCGAAUGUCCCAGGACACUCUCUCUACUCUCCUCAAUCCUCUGGCGCUGUGCGCUACCCACCCCAAUCACAAAGCUUUCUUUCGCCUCACUUGCCCGCCAACGGCAUCAACGGCGCAAACGGUGCAAGCAGCCUCAACGGUGCCCUCUCAUAUGAUCAUAUGUCGAGAGUCGUUUCGCCGUCACAUCCCGAAAACCUUGCCAAUCACACUUCAGCGGCUUUUCCACCGACCGUCAGGGUCUCUCCGAACGGCAUGCCUCAUCCGCGGUCAGUUUCCGCCGAUGCAGCCUCGGCUCCGGCGUCCGCGCAGAUUAUUCGACGGCUGGCCCAGCAGAAUGCACGGAUACGGGAGGCGUGGGAAGCCGAGCGCAAGUACAUGGAAGCAAACCGGGAGCGGGUUGAGGAAGUCUACAAGGAGGAGCGAAUGAUUAUGGAAGACGAGCGUCUUGCGUGGGAGGCUGAGAAGACAACCUUGUUGGAGCAGAUCAGCCGUCUCAAAGACCAAGUCGCAGCGAUCGACGCCGACAAGAUUCGGCUGCAAGGCGCACUGCAGCGAGUUGAGCUAGAGAAGGCAGGCAAAGUCGCUGGCGUCACUGUUGCAAUUCCAGGAACAGGAACGCGAGGUGGUGGGGCCGACGGCUCCACCGAACUUUACUUUCCAGGAUUCUCCCCGCAACCCAAUGACGCGCGAUUCGGCCUCUCGAACGGGACUACAGAGCGAAGGCCAGCCAAUGGCUCUGCCUCAGCCUCCGUCUCGCCGGCCCAGAACCGAUCUCAGUUUAUUAGUCCUGGCAGUUCCCGAAUUUCUCCUUCCAGACAGCCAGAGACUUCGCCCUUUAUCCCACUCAACCCCAAUAUGCAGCCUACUACCGCCGAUCCCGUCGAUUUCCUCGGCUCCCCCAAGGAUGAGGAGCCGGUCCCCAUCGUCGACAUUCAAAUCAUCAAUCCUCAACUGGAAGGCGUCCCUCUCAAGGCCCCUGCCAUCCAGAAGAGCACAUUCACCGAUUCUGGCCCAACCCCGGACAACUCAAAGUGCUCGUCUAGAAACGCCUCCCCACCCGGAGACUCGGCAAAGUCGAGACGCAGCCCUACCCAGGAACACACUCUCGAGGUUCUUGCCGCUCCCGAGCCCGACAGGCUGGUCAUGCACGCCGGUCACACUCCUAGCCAUUCCCUCUCUGUACUAGGAACCGCUCCCGGCACAGAGGUCGCAACGGCUGCCGACGGCACCGGAGGAUCUACGCCCACAUUGGCGCCGACAGACAUGAGCUCGAACCCAGCGACCCUGUGUGAUGUCAGGGCAAGAGGCGAUUCAUCCGAUUUCCAGGAUGACGUUUUCGGCGGCCCCGACGAACCCCAACCUACAUUGGAGGCGACCGACGACGUUGCGCUCAAGGGUCCUCUGAUGGUCCGCAACAUCCCUGCACAUGACGAAAUUUUCUUCAAGCGGUUGUCCGAAAAGCUUGAAGAUGUCAGCAGCGGCGCAGAUGCCGUCCCAACUUGCAUGAAGACGCCGAGCGAAGUUGCGUUCGAAGGCCCGGCUGAUGACAUGGAGAACCUUCUUGUGGUGAAGCGGGACGUCGACACGGCCAGCGACAAAGGCUCUACUACCGACAGAGACGACGCAUCGGAGUCUCAGAGCAAGGUCAAAGAGGUCGACGUGCCUCUGAAGCUCAAGAAGACCACCAACUUCGGUGCUCCCCUCGGCUCCAUGUUUUGA